CUCAGUUGCGCCUCAGACGCGUUCAAAGCCGCGCAUACGAGUUUCCAGUCGAUCCAUAACUUCACUAACUCCUGAUCUGCUUCCACAAACUUCAUGUGGUGUCGGAACCAUGCUGGAAUAAUACUAAUUUUUGCAAAUCCGCUGAUAAGUUUAUUUUCUGGCACAGCAGGUACAAUGACCGCAUUCUGCAGCGGAUCGAGCGAUUAGAGGGGUGAAACCAGGUCUGUUCAGAUUGGAACACAGACAGCGAAGAAGACACAUUUCAACCAUGGAUCUUGGCAACGAUGUAGAUUUGUCCAAUAAUAACAUCACGCCUUUGUGGAGACGGCGCACGGACAACAGUAAAAUACCCCAGGACUUGAGCAAAGCCAAACCUCGACCUCUCAGUUACCACAUUAAUGGGGUCACAACAACAGAUUUCCCCGUGGAGGACAACAAAUGUUCCUUAACCCUGAGCCAGCCUGCUGAGAGGCUGGUGGUAGCAUCCCCAUGUUCGGCCAGGAACACUGUGAUGUUAAAGCAUGUUCUCCACAAACCCUCAAGGAAAACAAGGGUUGUCCGAAGUAUCAGCAUCGGGCACCUCUCUAACGGACGCUUCUCGCUGUCCAAAUUUAGAUCUGAGGAUAACAGAUCUGCUUCACUGGACAAUAGACACUGUAAUGGAGACUGUAAUCGGGGGAGAACUGCUAAUGGAGACACAGUGUGGCCUGAAAAACGUCUCCAAGACCCCAAGAAACGCACCUCCAGUCCGUUCAGGCUGAAUUUACAAAAAGAUCAGGUGUCAUUUGGGACAAAUUCAUCUUCACCUGAGUCUGUCCACUUCAAAAAUUCAUCACCUGUUCUGUCCUCACAUACUCCCAACAACAACAACCAUUGUGAACUAUCCUCCCUUUCAUCCACAUCUAGCUCCUCUCCUCCAACCCGCCGCACCCUCACCCCCUCCCACAGCUCCACCUCCAGCAUCCUCUCGCUAUCUUCACUAACUUCCUCGGACCCUCCAACCCCACGUUCCCCGUCGCCAGCAGACAGAGGCCAAAUGCCGAUCAGACAGUCUCAGACAUCCUCACAGGACACCAGACAUGCCUCUUCUGCUUCCUCCCUCUCCUCCACUUCACCCUCACUUUCCCCAUCUAUCUCUCCCAUUCCCUCCAUCAUCCUCAGCACCAACAGCCCCGCUGCCCUGAAGAUGGGCACCCAGCAGCUCAUUCCCAAGGGUUUGGCAUCUGAUAUUCGGCAGAACAAAACGCCUCCGUCUGGACCACAAGGCCAGGGUUUGGCAGGGCUGCUGGGGUUGGAUCAUUCCAAGCGAGCGUUGAAAGCCCUGAGCAUGGUGGAAUCAGGGCCGUACUUUUCUACAGGAGGGGGCCGUGGUGAGAGGGCAGAUGGGGAGAGUGAGAGUCAGGGUACACUGAAGCGAGGCUUGAGGAGUACAUCGUACAGGAGGGCAGUUGUAAGUGGAGUGGACUUAGAGGUCCCAUCUUUGGUUCCCAAGGCCCAUUGCCUGUCCCAGCCUGCCGUCAAAGGGGAACGAAUGGAUAAUCAGGAUUCACCAGACAAUGCAACAAGUCCUGGUGCUGUAAGCCUCACAGCCAGCCCUGGAGCUGCCAAGCCUGUGAGCCUUGGGAUCCCUAAAGCUGUCAGCCCCAGGAUUUCAAAGCCUGCAAGUCCUGGGACGGAAAAGCCUAAAAGCAAUGGGAUAAACAAGAGUCCAGAUAAGAAGAAAGUUCUGACCAGUCAGCGUACAUUUGACAGUGAAGAGGAGGAGCUGUACCAGAACUACCAAGAGAAGGCCUUGCACAAUGACUCCGAUGAAGAUGCCGAUUCCCGAGAACCCAAACCCGAUAACGGCAUCGUGGUGCAGUACAGACCCAUACGUACCUCCUGGAGCCAGCUCAGCGUGGUGAAGAAAAGUGGCUUGUCUGACCAGAUAAGUCAGGAGGAACGCAAAAGACAAGAGGCCAUUUUCGAGGUGAUCUCGUCAGAGCAUUCUUACCUCCACAGUCUGGACAUCCUGAUCCGCAUGUUCAAAAACUCUGCCGAGCUCAGCGAGGCCAUGACCAAGACUGAACACCACCACCUCUUUUCCAACAUCACUGAUGUCUGUGAAGCUAGUAAAAAGUUCUUUAAGGAACUGGAGGAAAGACACCAGCAGAGCAUAGUGAUUGAUGACAUCAGUGACAUCGUUUUCAAGCAUGCUCAGUCCAGUUUCGAUCCUUAUGUCACAUACUGCUCCAAUGAGGUCUACCAGCAGAGAACACUGCAGAGGCUGGUGUCCAAGAAUCCAGCUUUCAAGGAGGUUCUGACCAGGAUAGAGGGCCACCCAGACUGCAGGAACCUCCCCAUGAUUUCUUUCCUCAUCCUGCCCAUGCAGAGGAUCACUCGGCUGCCCCUGCUCAUGGAUACAAUUUGUCAGAAGACACCUAAAGACUCCACACAAUAUGAAGAGUGUACGAAAGCUUUACAAGCAGUCAGCAAGGUGGUAAGAAAGUGUAAUGAAGGAGCUCGCACAAUGGAGAGAACAGAAAUGAUGUACACCAUCAACUCUCAGCUGGAGUUCAAGAUCAAGCCUUUCCCCCUGGUCUCGUCCUCCAGGUGGAUGGUAAAAAGAGGGGAGCUGACUGCAUUUGUGGAGGACAACGGCAUCUUCCUCAAACGGACGUCACGGCAACAGGUCUACUUCUUCCUCUUCAAUGAUGUCCUCAUCGUCACCAGGAAGAAAAGUGAGGAGAGCUACACUGUGAUCGACUAUGCUCUGAGGAAUCAGAUUUCGGUCAGUUCCUGUCAACCCGAGGACCUGAACCUGUCGCCGGUCAGAAGCACCGCCAGCAUGCUGAGCUCACGGCAACCCGGCGCCAACCACCUCUUCCGACUGUGUUUCUAUAGCAACCACUCUGGGGAAAAGGUGGCCAUGAUCCUUGGAACGGAGUUGCUGAAUGAACGUGCUCGAUGGACCAGCGCUCUGGGCCAGAAUGUCAACAAUAAGAAGAGCCAGGAUAGAACCAAUAUCAUGCAGGUGGAGGUGAUCAGAACAUACACAGCUAAGCAGCCAGAUGAGUUGUCUCUGCAGGUGGCUGAUGUGGUUCUGGUCUCACAGACUGUAGAAGACGGCUGGUAUGAAGGAGAGCGACUGCGUGACGGAGAGAGGGGAUGGUUCCUGAGCGAGUGCGCUGAACCAAUCACGUGCCAGGCCACCAUUGAACGCAACAUGCAGAGGAUGGACCGUCUGCAGGGGCUGGAGACUAAUGUGUGACAGGACAAUAAGCUGCCUGCUUAACCCACGGAGGGCUUUCCCCUGCUGACAGCAACCCCUGCAACACACCAACAACCUGCCCUUUUAAGCACUGAACUCAGACAAAUGAGUUCACCAACAGCAUCAGUGACCUGCCUUCAGGGACCAAGUGGAGCUUUAUGGGAGCUGCUGGAUCCUUACAGGAUAAAUGUGAAGCCAUAAUUUGGAUUUUUGCUCAGCAUCCACUAAAUAUCAGGCAUUCUGAUAAGAAGAAACACAGCAGAAGAACACAGAUUGCCUUAAUUACUGAUCGGUCCCUGUGUGGGUGGGAUGGUUUGACAGUGGAAUCUGUCACAUUGAUUAACUCCCUGGCUGGUUAGAAAACUUCACACCCACAGCCAAAGUCACUGCUUUCAACACUCUGCAGCAUAAGAGCUGCUGGUGUGAAAUUUGUAAAUGUUACUUUGCGAGCAUAUUCUUUGUAAGAGAUGUGCAAUGUAAUAAGAGGGUAGAGUACAACUGGAGGAGGUAAAGUAGACCAAAUGGUGUGACAUCAGCCUGGUUUGUGUUCUGUUAAUGAGGCUCAGGCCCUGUGAUUAGGAGCUUUGUCAGGGAUGAUGCUGACUAUGAAGAUGCUGAUUGUGAAAGUGAUAAGGCAGAAGGGUGGGAUAGUGUAGAAACUCCUGAGUGUCCAAGCAGCACAGAUAACUAUGGUGAUACAGCAAAAUACAGAAAAAAGCAUGAAUGCUACUUGUUUGAAGCCCGAGGUACUUUGCGUAAAUAGAAUAAGUCAUAACUAAUUUGACUAUAUUAAGAAUUAUAGUAAUCUGAGAAGUUUGAGGUGCUUUUUAAUUAUGCUAACUUAUACUUCCUUGCUCCUCCUGUGACACAGAAAUCAUUCCUCCCCUCGCUUUACGGAGGAUUUUCAGGUGUAUUCCUGCAUCUCUUCCUCACAGCACUUUCCCAUCCACGCUAGGAGGAGCUAAAGAAGGAAGCGAGGAGACAAGUUAGCCUAAUAAAAAGUACCCAUGACCUCAUACGUCAUCCACGAGUUAAGCAGAAGAGCCAAUUAUCUGUUCCCUACCUUCCUGCUUGACAACACUUAAUGUCACCAUUAUAAAUCAGGCUCUACAUUUGUGUCACAAAUACCAUUAUUCUCUCCAUCCCCUCAAUGAUUUGAACAGGCUGAAACAGCACCACACACUUGAAGCCAAGCCAGAAGUGUGGAUAUAUAAAUACCCCCCUUGGGAUUUAUAUUUGCGCUUUUAAUAGAAGCAUGCUGAAAUUAAUUUGUGUGUGCUCAUGGUGAGACCGGAAGAGACGAGCUGGGCCUGCCUGGCCCUGCCUUUAAUGCGAUUGUCCAGAGUGAGUCAUCUUUUUAGUGUUGCCCAGCUAAAGGAAAUGAAUAGCUUGGUCAGAAUAUAAUGCUAACACCAUCGAUCAAGCCCACUGCUCUGGGCCCAGCCCAAAUGACAACCACAACUGUUGAGCUGCACAAACAGGGGUACGGCAGUAGGAGGCAGAGCACCCAACAAGAAGGACAUGAGUAUCCAGACUUGGCUUUGCAUUUGCACUCAGGGAAAAAUUACCACACAUCUUAGCAUGAAGUGAUCUUGUUUCAAUCAUUUCCUCUCCUUGUAACUAUUGUAAAUCAUCCCUGUAAAUAUGUACAACAGCCGAAACUGUAACAUGUAUGUUUUCAUAAAUACAAAUAUAUAUUAAGGCAAGUUGCUCUUUCAGACCUUAUAUAUUUUAAUCAGUUUCUGUUAAUAAAAGCUCCGUUACUGGGA